UUAGCUCCUUUUGGUGGCCAGGCCUCAUGGACUCUCUGUGUCAAACUGUCACCUUUGUCUGCUUCAACUUCUGUCUGUUAGAACACAAAACUGUUCAGUUAGCUUGCCUUGUGACUCCACAGUGGAUGACGGUAAAAGUAACAGUUUGGAAACUAUUCAAAAACUUUGGGCUACAAUUUACUCUCUUGGAGCUUUGUGCUGCUAAAAAUUAUAAUGGAGCCUUGACAAGUUUUCCAAAGCAUUCCACCAAAAUGAGCUUAAUGGACAUUACCAAGAUAUUCUCUCUCCUCCAACCCAAAGAGGAUGAAGAAGAUGGCUGUCAGCAGUUAAAUAAGGCCAUUGCUGAAGAUGAUGACAAACUUCUGGCUGAUCUGCUCUCUCAAGAAGGCUACAGGAGAUGUAUCAAUAGCAGAAGUGGCUGGGGAAUACCAAGUACACCACUAAAAACUGCGGCCGCUCAUGGUCAUCUCCGCUGCCUGGAGUGCCUUUUAGCCCAUGGCGCCAAGGUGGACAGCCUGGAUGUGAAAGCCCAGACUCCGCUUUUCACAGCUGUCAGUGCCAAACACCUUGGCUGUGUCUCUGCUUUGCUCAAAGCUGGUGCUGAUCCUAAUGGAAGCCAAUAUAACAACUGCUCUCCAGUGCUAACUGCAGCCAGAGAGGGAGAUGUGGACAUUUUGAAGGAGCUGCUGUAUUACGGUGCUGAGACAGAUGUCCGAGCCAAAGUUCCAGACUGGGCUUCCAAUGCCACAACAUGCCGAGGGCCUCUCUACAUUGCGGCCAUUUACGGACACCUGGAAUGCUUCAAGCUGCUGCUGCUACAUGGUGCCGAUCCAGACUACAACUGCAAGGAGGAGAAACUAUUGGCAAAGAUCAAACAGUCAAACACAGUGCUGGACACAUGUCUCAAAUAUGGGUGCCAAUCUGAAUACAUUCAGCUCCUUAUAGACUUUGGAGCCAACGUCUACAUCCCAAUGGUGAUUAUGGACAAAACAAGAGAGCAAGAUGAGGCUAUCAUGCUGCUGCUUAGAGAAAGAGCUUUCCCCAAAACACUGAUGUCUCAGACUCGGCUUGCAAUACGGAAGUACCUUUCUAUUGCAUCCAAACUGGACUUGAUUGAUAGGCUGGAUAUUCCAGAAAUGCUGAAAAAUUAUGUGAAACAUAUCACAUGACCUACGCUUUAUGCCCUCUCUCUCUGUGUUAGCUUAAGUACUAUAAAUGUUAGGUAGGUCAUGUACUACCACUGUAUAUUGUAGCUUUAUAUUUAUGUUGUUAUACAGUUCACUGGUAAUCAAAGUUAAGAUUGUAGAGUAUAUGUAUUACACACACACACUCAUAUAUAUAUAUAUAUAUAUAUAUAUAUAUAUAUAUACUGUAUAUAUAUGUGUGUGUGUGUAUAUUUAUGCGCCUGCACCAGCGCAAAAAAAAAAAAAAAAAAUAUCACACAGAUACAGGUCAGGAUCUCUGUGACUGUUGGUGCCAGAUGAGCUGGUUUGAUUAUUUCAGAAACUACUGAUCUCAUGGGACAGCGACAGUAAGCGACAGUUCUGUGGGUGGAAACGCCUUGUUGAUAAGAGAUAUCAGAGAAAAAUGGCCAGAUUGGUUUGAGCUGCCAGGAAGGAUAUAGUAACUCAUAUAAUCACUCUUUACACCUCUGGUGUGCAGAAAAGCAUCUCAGCAUGCACAACACAUCAAAGCUUGAGGUAGAUGGGCUACAACAGCAGAAGACCACAUGCUUUUCAUUUUCAUAAUUCACUUAGAAACAUGACUUCACUUAGAAAAAUUGAAUUGAAUCAAAAUGGAAAAAAUUGAAUCAAAAUGAUGUGUUAGGUCAUAAAGUGUACAGUAACUUAUCAGUGUACAGUGUUUACAUUAUCUAGAUAACCAUCACAUUUUAUUGUAAUGUAAUAUGUUACACACACACACACACACACACACAUACACACACACACACACACACACACAGAAUCCAAGACUAGGGUGCAAUUGUCACAACUGGGAGGCAAAGGCAGCUGCAAGUGCAGAUUAUUUAUUGUGAAAAGUACAUAUAAACCAGCCAAGACUGUAGUAGAUUUAUAAAUUGUGUCAGAAAUUUCAUUAAGGUUAAAAUGAUCAGGAAUGUGGAGGGGCACGGUGGCUUAGUUAUUAGCACGUUUGCCUCGCACCUCCAGGGUUAGGAGUUUGAUUCCGCCCUGUGUGCAUAGAGUUUGCAUGUUCUUCCCGCUUCAGGGGUUUCCUCCCCCAGUCCAAAGACAUGCGUUGUAGGCUGAUUGGCAUCUCUAAAUUGUCCAUAGUAAGUGAAUGUGUGUGUAAUUGUACCCUGCGAUGGGUUGGCACCCAUCCUUGUACCUAUCCUCCACUGCCUUGUGCCCCGAGUCCCCCCGGGAAAGGCCUGUGCCUGUGACUCUGUCCACUGACUCUAGAAUUUCUCUUUGUUUCUACUUUCUGCAUAUUAUGCAUUUGUGUUUUGUACAAUAAACCCAUUUAUUACUCUCUCUCUAAAUACUCAAUAAUUCUUCUGCAAGAAAGUGUGGUGCAUGACUUGUAUGAUUUAUAUGCUUAUUAUAAAUAGUUUCCUAGCUAAAGCUUUAGUACAUUGAACACGUUUGAAAGCGACCUCUAACAACCUAUGAUAAGAGGAAAAUACUUGGAAGUUUAAAGAAAACCUCUGACAAGUAAAUAGGAAAGGCCUAGGUUUGCACGUCAAUAGAAACCUCUGAUAGAAUAAUUGUUUAAUAAAUAGGCUAUAUAAAAUCUCCUGACAUAGGAACAUCACUUUAUAAUGAAAGCCUAGCAUGAAGCUGUUUAGAUUAAAUACAAAUGGAACACUGAGAUAUUACACAUCUAGCAAUAACUAGAACAAAGUUUAUUCUUUGGAGACAGAUAAUUAAAUAUAUUGGAGUCAGAUAUUUAAAUCAUAAAGUUAAAAACACGCAUUUAACCUGCCACUGGACCUAUUUCUGUCCUUGGUCAGACUAAGAUAAAAACACUUUAUAAUUUAGUCCUACAGACUAUGAAAACAAAAACCACAUACUUGAAAAGUGGAACAUCCAGAAUACAAGCGAGCAUGUGGCACACAUCAUAACGGAACACGCACACAAACCAGAACUUAAAUAGGGGUGCUUAUUAGAUGCAACACAAAACAGGUGUGAAUGCACAGAGACAUCCAAAGUGGGGCAGGGAGGGUGCGAGAUGGUUUUAGUUGGGUCGGUAGCCCCCCGCCAGAAAAAUUCUUGAGGGGUUGCAUGGCAUCGAGCCACUCUAACCCAACUUCCCUUCCCCUGUUGCUCUCACAGCAGGAGGUUCCUCUCCAGGAGGCCUUCCUAGACAGCUGCAUCCAUGAUUAAGGUCAAGCUUUCUGUCACAAUUGGGAGGCGAAGGCAGAUGCAAGUGCAAAUUAUUUAUUGUGAAAAGUACAAAUAAACCAGCCAAGAUUAUGAAAACAAGAACCAUAAACUUGAACAAUGGAAACAAGGCAAAAUCAUCCAGACUACAAGGGGCACAGACUAUAAAAUACACACAAACAACAACAAAAGCUUCACAAUGGAACACACAGAAACCAGAACUUAAAUAGGGGUGCUUAUUAGGUGUAACACAGGUGUGAGUGAUCAGUGGGACAUUUGACAUGGUCAUGUGAUGUGCUGGGACUGAUGGGUUAUGUAGUUUAGGGCCAAUUUGGGCACUACCAUGACAGCAAACAGUAUGCUGACCCCAUUAAAAAAUUAAUGCAUGCACACAGCUACAAUCACUUGUACAUACAUGUACUCCCACAAAAUUACAGAUGUCAUCUUUUUUAUUUGAGAGGGAUGAAAAUUGCAGUUGAGUUUUUAGGUUUCUCUAGCUUCAUCAUUUUUAGGUACUUUACCUUCUGGUCUUAUAGUUGCUGUAUCUACAUCAUCUUGUCACACCUUUACUCUUUCCAUAAAACAUAUUGACAUCUACCUAAAAAUACAUAGAUCAAUGAUGUUCACUUUAACUGAGAUUAUGCUAACAUGCACUAUAUGUAUAGUUUGGUCCAUAAAUAUUUACACAUUGACAUUGUUAUUUUCGUUGUGUACCACAAUAUAUUGCAUUUUGAAUUUAAUAUGUAUAUUGAAUUUAAAUAAUGAAUAUGAGCUCAAAAUGCAGACUUUCAGCUUAAAUUUGAGGACAUUUACAUCCAAAUUGGGUGAAUGGUGUAGGAAUUACAUCACUUUUUAUAAGUGGUCCCCCCUUUUAAGGGAUCAAAUGUAAUUGGACAGUUGGCUGUUCUAUGACCAGGUGUGUGUUAUUCUCUCAUUAUUUCACUUAUAAGUAAGCAGACAAAAGGUCUAGAGUUGAAGUGUGGCAUUCGGAUUUGGAAUCUGUUCCUGCAUUUGGAAUCUAUUGCUGUUAGGUCCAAAGAGCUGUCACAGCCCAAACAAACCUAUCAGAGAGAUAGAAAAAACAGUAGGUGUGGCCAAAUCAAGUAUUUGGCACAUUCUUAAACUCAUGAGCUCAAGAACACUGAAAGGCUCAAAAGACCAUGGAUUGUGGUGGAUGACAGAAGAAUUCUUUCCUUGGUGAAGAAAAAAACCCUUCGCGCCACUUGGCCAGAUCAGGAACACCCUCCAGGAGGUAGGCAUAUCUGUGUCAAAGUCAACAUUCAAGAGAAGAAAGUCUUGAACAGAGUAAAUACAGAGGGUUUACCACAAGAUGUAACCAUUGGUAAGCCUCAAACACAGGAGGACCAGAUUAGAGUUUGCCAUAAGCGUCUAAAAAAGCCCAUACAAUUCUGCAACAACAUCCUAUGGACAGAUGAGAUCAACUUGGACCAGAAUGAUGGGAUGAGUCUGGAGAAAGGAAGGAACUGUUCCUGCAGUUUGCUUACCGAGCAAACAGGUCUGUGGAUGAUGC